UCUGACAGCAGAAAACCUUUGCUUAUUGCCUAAAACUUAUAAAUUAAAUUAAUCGCCCUAAUAAUUAGUUUAGUAAGAUGCAAAAACCUAGAAUCAAAUAUGUUCACAGUGAAAAUUUGAUUAUAGAAAGUAAUAAAAACCCUGCAGUAAUGAAUCGGGCUAGCAUUGUCCAUGAACUGAUAAAAUCGUACGGACUUUUAAAUAUUAUAGAUAUUCUUGUCCCAAAGACAUGUAAACUAGCCGAUUUACGAAGGUUUCAUUCGGAGGAUUACUUAGAAUACCUAAUGAAAGCCUCAAAAGGUGAAAUCGACUCUGAGGAUGAAGGAAGUGUGGAUUUUGGUUCAGGUUUUGAUUGUCCAAUGUGGGAUGGAGUAUUCAAUUAUGCCGCCUGUAUUGCUGGAGCUACAAUGACGGCCUGUGACGAACUCUGCAGAGGUUUGGCUGACAUUGUUAUCAACUGGACCGGUGAAUGGCAUCACGCACAUCGAGAUAAAGCUUCAGGAUAUUGUUACGUCAAUGACAUUGUGUUAGGAAUCUUGGUGCUUAGAAAGAAAUUCGAUAGAAUUCUGUACAUUGAUCUCGACGUUCAUCAUGGUGACGGUGUUCAAGAAGCAUUCGAGACAACUAAACGAGUAUUCACACUAUCUUUCCAUCAGUACGAACCAGGAUUUUACCCUGGAAGUGGUGGUUGCGAGGAUUGUGGAUUUGCUACUGGAAAAGGGUAUGCUGUAAACUUUCCUUUUAAAAGUGGCAUAACCGGUUCUCAAUUUGUUACAUACUUCAAGAGAAUAACCACUUUAAUAAUAAAAACAUAUAAGCCACAAGUAUGUGUUAUACAAUGUGGUGGGGAUGUGAUAGCGGGAGAUCCACUAGGUGGGUCAAAUUUAUACCCCAAGGACUUAAUCGAAUGUAUUCAAAUUGUUAUGCAGCAUAAUUUGCCUUUGAUCUUGCUCGGCGGUGGUGGUUACAACUUUGCCAAUACAAGCCGCUAUUGGACGGAGAUUACAGCUGCAGUCUGCCAACAAGAAUUGAGUGAUGACAUUCCAGAUGAGAACGAUUUUUUUCUAGAAUUUGGACCAGAUUAUACCAUCCAAAUAGAAAAGAGAAGAAUGGAAGAUUUCAAUACCGAAGAAUACUUGGAUGGAUGUGUGAACAAAAUAGAAGAAAAUUUAAAAAAAUAUGAUGUAGGAUCUUUUUGAAAUUAUAUAAAUGUACAAACAUAUUCCUGCUCAGAAGAAUUGUAUAGAAACUUAACUUAUACCGUUAUUCAUUUGCAAUUAAAUAUAUAAAAUAAAAUUGAAAUUAACAUUUAAUAUUAUUAAAAUGUAUGGUGUUUUGUACCUGACUACAUUCAAAGUAAUGAGGAUAAAUUUAUAAAUGUAUGUAAGUACAGUCAA